CGAUGGAUUGCUAUUGCUUACAGAAAAAGUCACAUUGACACCGGAAGUAUACAAUUGUCGAAUAAUUUUAUUCUUUAAACUACCCACUUUUUAUUUCACUUGUCAUCAUGACACUAAUCAUCAAAACAUUCGUAGUUUUUACAUUUAUCAAUUUUUUCGUGAAUAUCCAAGCAAUUUCGAGUAGCUCAACAGACUCUCAUCUUGUUGAUGACAAAAAUAUUAAUUGGAUGGGAGCUAUUUUUAAACGUUCUUCAAAAUUUGACACUUUUAAAUACAAGUGUCAAGGAGUUUUUGUUGAUCCGAAACUUAUUUAUACAGUAGAUCAGUGCGUUGAAGCCUUGGACCCAGUAGAGAAUAUCCGAGUACGUAUUUACAAAUCAUCAGGAGGGAAUAACACCGAAGCAACAGACUUUGAAGAACGUGAAGUUGAAGCUAUUGGUUGGAUGAGACUUUAUCUUUCAGCCUCAGUGUCUCCAAUGCCAGUUCGAAAAAUGACUUAUUUAAGUCUCAAGACACCUUUCGAUCUACAGUUAAACGUUGAGUUUCCGACAAAAAAAGAUAUUAGAUAUGAUAUUGCAAAAAAUGUUGAUGUCAAUAAUUGUUUCUUCACUAGUUUAAUACACAAGGAUAAUGGAUUUGAAGUAAAGCAAUCGAAAGCUAGAUACAUAACAAGUACAGAAUCUUGCUGUGACAGUAAUGGUAAUCAUGUAUGUACACGUUGUAAAGUAGGAAAAAAAGUUUAUUGUGCUGAGCCUGUUGAAGCAGUGAUGGAAUCAUUUAAUCAAAAAGAAUCUUUGGCAAGUUCAUUUGCUUGUAAAUCAAAGUCAAAUAAUGCAAUUCUCGUGGUGGGAAUGACUGUUAACAAUACUGAAUGUGCUCCAAAAUUCGCUAUUUUCUAAAUGACUUUAUUUGUUAUAAACAGAAAUAAAAUAUGCAUUGAUUUGUAUUAAGCUAUAAUAAAAGAGAAUAUAUUAUAUC